AUGAACUUCAUCAAAACGUACAUUUACGAGCAAGAAUACACAAAUGAUGGAAUAAAAGAAUUAGAAAAAGACGCAAGAAGCUCUAAAGAAAUAGAUGAAAAUAAAAUAUUAAAAGAAUUACCAGAGUUUAAGAGAGAUAACCAAUUUUUAAGUUUAUCUGAACAGCUAAAUUUAAAAAAUAAUAAUAAUAUACCUGUAAAAGUGGAUGAGGAUUAUGGUGGUGAUCAUGGGAAUGUGUAUGGAAUUCCUAACAUAACAGAAGAAUAUUUUGAAUAUUACGAAAAUUAUGCAAAAAAUGAUAGAUACAGUGCUGAAAAAAUAAAAGAGAGAGAAAAAGAAGUACAGCACGAAUUUAAGGAAGCUAUUAAAAGUUACGUUCAAAAAAGAGGAUUAAAAGAGGAUGAAACAACAUCGAACAUUUUAAGAGAAGAAAAUAAUAUUAAUCUACGAGAAAUUAAAAAGAGUAUCAUUAAUAAAAAAAAAACAAUUCCUGCCAAAUUAAGUGUAAAAGCAAUAAUUAAAACAAAAAAAAAGAAAGAGUGCCUAAAUUCGGAAGGGAAACCUUCACACCUUAAGGAGCUGGUGCAAAAUCAAACAAGUAAAACGCAGGUACAAGAAAAUUCUUUAUUAGUUGGUUAUUCAGAUAAUUCGGACAGUUAG